AUGAAGCUCUACGCAUUGGGGGAUGCCAUCAGCCAUUUGCUGGAUUUGCUGCCCAUCACAUUGAGCCAAGCAGUCAACAGCUCGGACACUUGCCAGUACCACAGUGGAGGCCAUGGAGGAACUGGGGGGGUGCGGGUGAUUAUUGGCAGUGACAACGUGCGGAGCUUGGUCUUUGAUGACGACCCAGGUUAUGUCGAAGCUUCUGUCGCUUGCACUGGUGAGAAGCCGCACUUACUGCGCUGGCCGCUCUCACGGGCCCCGGCCACCUUGAGCUGCGAGGACCCGACGGUGCGGGAGAAGUUUCAGUGCCAGGCGCCCAACAUCGACAAGACCGAUUGGCCCGUCCAAUGGCUGCCCUGGCUGGAGACCUGCAGGCAGAGACCACAGAAGGUGCUCUUCCUGGGCCUUGGAGGUGGCUAUUAUCAAAGUUAUUUGGCCAGUCAAUGCCCGGGAUCCGAAGCCCUGACCGUCGAGAAGAACCCCACCAUCGUCGAAGCUGCACGGGACUACUUUGGCUUUGAAGGAGAUGUGAUGCUUGCAGAUGCGACCACCGGGAUGAAGUCCUUGCUGAAGCAGGAUGCGAAGUUUGACGCAGUGAUCAGUGACAUGGGCCAGCGCCCAAUGGAAUCUUCUGAUCUCAGACUUGCCCAGAAACUUCUCAGACCAGGUGGGACCUUCCUAUUCCAGUGGUGCUAUGGGGGCCUGCGAAAACAUGAGAUGAAGCUGGACAAGAUGAUGGACUACUUCAUCGAUGUGAGUGCUGCAGCCGACAAGGAUGGGCGCUGCACAUUCUACGCAGCUGAGAAGGCGAAUGAGGAGCUAGAUGACAAUGCAAUCUCCAAAGUUUGGGCCAUCAUGUUGCUCUUGAAAAUUCAGAUCUUCCAAGUCGCCGACACGCUGCCGAACCUCAUGCCAGAGGCGAUUAGUGAUCCGGAGAUGUUCUAUCCCAUUGGCACCCUGGUUCCAAACAUGGAGCUGGUGAUGGGCUUACAAGCCUUGCUUGGAUUGAUCACCUGGCUCCGGGUGAUGAAGUACCUCACGCUCUCUCGCACGUUCCUGCCCUUCGUCCGGAUUUUUGAGCGCUGCUGUAUCGCACUGCUGAAGUAUUCCUCGCUUUUGUCGGUGAGCCUCUUCGGCUUUGCAGUGGCCAUUUACAUCGGCUUCGGCACAGAGGCGGGGAUCUACAAUAGCAUUUGGAGCACCUUUGUGGCGGUCGCCACUGCGCCAGCGGGCGGUGUGGAUCUGGGCCCGGUGAUCGACAAGAACAACAGCCUGGUUGCGCCCAUCAUCCUCUUCUCAUACAUCAUUGUGGUGGUGCUGCUGGUGCUGACCACCUUCAAUGCCAUUCAGAUUGAUUCCUACAGUGUGACCACGUAUGAGCUCUUGACACUCAAGCGGCACAAAGCACCAGGUUCGGGUGGGGAUCCGACGGUCAUCUUCAUCUGGACCUACCUGAAUGCCCUGAAGGGCGUGAAGUUGGUGGGCAAGGAGCUGGGCCCUGGGCUGGAAGCGCCGCUUCGGCCUCGACAGAGCUGUUGGUCGGUGUUGGUCAGUUCUCGUCCUGGCCGGGCUCGAAAAGUAGCAUGCGGCAUGAGCUGA